AGUCGCAUGAACCGCGUCAACAACCGCAAAUUGCUUGUCGGAAUGGACUUGCACAAGAAGACGACUGCUACAGACUCUGAUAUUCUUAAAUUCAAUCAACUCAAAAGUCGCAAGAAGCAGCUCAGAUUUGCAAAGUCACCCAUUCACGACUGGGGGUUGUUUGCUCAGGAACGUAUCGACGCAAACGAUAUGGUUAUCGAAUAUGUUGGAGAGGUCAUUCGCCAAAAAGUUGCGGAUCAUCGUGAAAAGGCUUAUGAACGCUGCGGUAUCGGCAGCAGUUAUCUAUUCCGUGUAGACGACGACACUGUCAUUGAUGCUACCAAAAAGGGCAGUGUCGCUCGUUUCAUAAAUCACUGUUGUUCGCCUAAUUGUAGUGCCAAGAUUAUCACAGUGGACAAGCAAAAGAAAAUUGUGAUUUACGCCAAUCGAGAUAUUGAACUUGGUGAAGAAAUCACUUACGAUUACAAGUUUCCUAUCGAAGCUGAUAAGAUCCCGUGCCUGUGUGGCAGUAAAUACUGCAAGGGAACGUAA